AUGGCACCUCCCGGUCUACUCGAAGAUCCACGAAUUCGGCAGACGUGGAAUCAAUUCUCUUCGAACGCCGAGUCUGCGACUGAGACUGCAGCCGCAGGUAUAUGGACAUUCCAGCAUCGAUACAUAAACCCAUGCUUCUCCUCUGUCACCGCAUGCUUCGAACAAUGUACGGGCGCAUGUUUUCCCGAUCGCGACGAACGUGCUCGUCGCGCUCGAGAACGAGGUCGCACGAGAGGGCGCGCAGAGUUGUCGUUUGAUUUUUAUGACGAUUGGGAUGAGGAUGAAGGAAUUGGUGGGGGAGGAUUGCUUGGAGGCUGGGGUAAUGACGAACUGGACCGUUUGCUUGCGGGGAGUGGUAGUAAUUCUGGCGUCAACGAAGGGAACCAGCCAAAAAGGAAGAGAGGAAUGAGUUAUGGAACGAAUAGAGCGAGAAGGAGAAGUCUGGAUCCGGAUCCGACUAUCAUUCCGAGUACGAACACAUUGGGAUUCUUAGGAAGGCUUCCAUUCAAGCUUGGAGGAACUUUACGGUAUAAGCCUAGUGCAGCAGAUCUACAGGAUCACCCUGGAGCGUCAAGAAACGACUAUAUGGGCGAAGAGGGCCAGCCAUUAAUACCUGAAGAUGACAGUGACGAGGACGAGGGUGGAAAAGGACACAGAAGACAGCGGAGCUCCACCACAAGUUCAGGCGCAACAUCAGACUCUUUCAGGUCAAGAGGAGAUCUGUUCCCUAGUGAUGGUGAAGAUGAUGCGAUUCCGUUACCCGACGAAUUCGCAAUGGUCUUGGAGAGGAGAGGCACAGUCUCCAAUGCGGACGAUAAAAGUAGUGGAAAGACGAGGAGUAGCAAGGGCAAACGCCCUGCCGGAUUGAGGUCAUUAUCGAGGACGCUAUCACGGGCGGCUCAUUCAUCGCAAUCUAUUCCUACGCUAUCAGGUAUGCGAUCGAAUUCAGAAGCAUCAGAUAGCCCAGACAUCCAAUCACCUGGACUCAUAAACGUUCCAUCAUUAGCCGAUUUGGAACAAGAAGAGGAAAGGAUACGAUUAUUAGAAGAUGGAGAAGUAGAAAGAAAACGCCAAGUGGCUGCAAGUCUAGCGAUAGAACGAGGCUUACAGGUGGGAGAUACCACUGACGGGAUGUCUGAAAGUAAGCCGCCAAUAGUGGAAACACCUCCAGUGGAUGUCGAGAUCGAGGUCGAGAACACAGUUGGAGAUGAUGACAGACCAUCUUCAUCAGGACAGGAAAUCCCAGAAGAUCCUAUUAAAGAGUAUGAGAGUAAAGAUUUCGUGCCAGCUCGAUUACCGCACUUCAGCUAG